AUGAGCGGAACUCUGACAGCUAUUUCUGGUCUGAAAUAUUUCGAGAGCGGACGGGGAGUUCCCUUUGGGCUCUAUAUGUUUGGUCGACUCUUUCGUGUUGUUCCUGUCUAUCUGAUUACAAUUGCCUUUAACAUACUCUUUGCAUACCUGGGCUCAGGGCCGGCAUAUAAGUACUAUUAUAGCGAACAAAUAGCAAACUGUGACAGAAAUCUGUGGAAAAAUCUCAUUUUUAUCAGUAAUUGGGUCCCAUUUCCUGAAUCAUGUGCAUCAUCGACCUGGUUUAUGUCGGCUGAGAUGCAACUCUAUGUCCUAGCAUAUUUCGCAAUGCUACUAUUGGCAACCAAAUUAAAUUAUGGUCUCAUCUAUUCUUUGUGUUGGAUGGUUACGGGAAUGAUAAUACCCGGUGUGCUCACCGCUUAUUAUAAUAUAGCUCCUCCUAUAAUACGUACUAUCAAUGAAGGCAUAGCUAUAGAGGAAUAUAAAGCCCAUAUUAACCAUAGCUCCACUUAUUCUCAUUUGACUGAAUACUUCAUGGGAAUAAUGACCGGGUCCUGGCAGAAUGUUUAAAAUAUUCACAUACUUAUCGAGUAAACGAUUGAGUAAGUUAUGUUUUGGGGCCACCAUGGUUAACAUCGAGUUCAUUAGGUUUCAAUUAAUCACCGAAAGAGUCCACGUUAACAAAGUUCUCAAUUUGUUUGUGGUUGUCAAUUUAAUUGGUUAUGUAGUUUUAUCACUGAUCGCUGGUUUUCUUAUUCACAUAACCUUUGAGAAACCAUAUAAUAAUUUGUUUUCAAAUUGUUUGCAAAGUUAUAAAAGUGAUAAAACAAACAAAAAAGCAAAAUGAUAUAUAACCAAUGAUGGGCAAGGGGC